AUGAAGCCCGCCCUCUUCCUGCUCUUCUCCGGCGCGGCCCUGAGCGUCAAGACCAAGAAGCCGUGGUUCCCCACGCCAGAACCCGUGAUAUUCGAAGAUGGAGGGCGUUCUUACGGCUACUCAGAGUGUCAACAUCCCCGGGUGGACGAGAAGGCGUGCGGCACCGAAGUGGUUUGCGAAAUGUACCUCCGGGACCUGGACGGCAGCUUGUUCUAUCCAUAUACCAACGAUGACUACCCGAGCCGCAAGGCAUGCCUGGAAGACCACGCCCCCAACCCCAACCGCACAAGCAGCAGCACGGUCUUGCAGCCCUGGCGGGAGCCCAGCCCCAGCUGCCAGAAGCAAGUAUGCACCGCGGCCAACAUCCACCGGCACUUCCACGGCUACUGCGGCACGGCAAAGUACUGCCGGCUCUUUGAGGAUCCCGCCGUGCGCGCGACCUCGGAUGCCCCGUACCAGAGCGAAAGCGAAUGCCUCGCCGCCCACGAGACCCGCGAAGACGCCCUCGCCAGGUCCGCCGGGAAGACGGGCAUCAUGGAGUUCUUGACCCCUCCCUGCCCGGAGAUCGAGCCGUCGCUCAGGGAGGACUUCAUCGGGACCGUCAAGUACUGCCAUUGGUUCUGGAGCCCGCUCUGGCGGAGCCACGCUUGGAAAGGCCAGGGGAAGAAGUACGCGUCCGAGGAGGACUGCCUCAGGGACCGCAGCGUGUACAUUGAGAAGGCCAAGAACGAUGCGGUCGAGAGGCCCGUGCCGGAGACCCCUCCGCCCAGCGAGCCUGUGAAGAGAAGCUCCGCCGACGGAUUUGUCAUGAGCGGGCCGACGUUCGGCCUCGCCAACCGCCAGAGGGGACGCCGUGUCCGUCUUUGA